CGGAAGAAUUUUUUAAUUUCCCGUUGGGAUAGUUUCCUCUGACCCAGUUCGGAUCCAGCCUGUGCAUUUGUCAUUCGGUUCCCUCCUCCUCGUGGAUGGAGGGAGCCCGAGUCACGUGACCGCCUGUCUGCGCUGUUGGGCAGUCUUCCUGACCAGCAUCCCUCACUCGGGCUCCCAAAGAGGACGCGCAGCUGUCAGGCGGACCGCACACCUACACGCGAUCAUGGGUACACUGAGGGACCUCCAGUUUGCUCUACAACUAAAGAUUGAAGAGCUCCGCCAGAGAGACACACUGAUAGAUGAGUUGGAGCUGGAGUUGGAUACAAAGGAUGAGCUCAUUCGAAGACUACAGGAAGAACUGGACCGUUACAGGACCACCGUUUCCCUCUCAGGACCUUCAGCCAGUGCAGCUCCUUCAGCUCAAAUUGAGGGCAUGGAGGGAGCUAAAAAGCACACAGUCAUUUCAGAACCCUUCAUCCCGGAUCCUGUGACUCUCGCCAGGAUUUCACACAAAAGCUGCGACAAAAGCCAGCAAUCUCGGAGCCUGAUCCAGGCAGCGCUUUUGAAAAACGACCUGUUGAAGAACUUGGACGAGGGAGAAAUGAGAGCUGUCACAUCCUGCCUGUACCGCUUCUCCAUCAAUCAAAGCUGCUCUGUUAUACAGGAGGGGAGCGCUGGGGAGCAGGCUUUUAUUCUAGAAGAGGGGAGAUUGACCGUGACUAAAGACGGAUGCACGCUGCUGACAGCUGAACCAGGGGAAAUGAUCGGGGAGCUGGCUCUCCUCUACAAUUACAUUUCCCCUUUUUCUGUCUCAGCACAAUCGGACAGUAAGCUGUGGGUUAUUGACCGUAAGAGUUUUCAGACUGCGCUCAUGCACUGCAGUCUCAGCCGCCUUUCUCAUUCAGCGGAGCUGCUCGGAAGCCUUCCCCUCCUGCAGUCAUUGCCAGAGGAUGUCAUCAUGAAGAUUUCUGAGCUCGUGAAAGAGACAAAUUAUGCAGAUGGUGAAUACAUAAUUCACCAAGGAGCUGUGGAAGACAACCUUUAUGUCAUCAGCAAAGGACAGGUGACUCUGACAGAAAUGAAGGCGGGGCAUGAGGAGCACACCGUCUUAUCUGAGCUCUCUGAGGAGCCGUGGUUUGGAGAGAACGCCGUCUGGAGGGAAGACACUUGGACCGUGAGUGCAAUGGCUGUCGGUGCAGUGACAUGUUUGGUAAUAGACAGAGAAACCUUCAAAGACAUAACUGAUGGACUGCUAACAGACUGCCAUCAAGAGGUUCAAAGGAGUUCAGAAUACAAAGUCGAGACAAACGAGGAUCCUGCUCUCCUAACAUCCUCCACCUUGAGUGAUUUCCAGAUUAUUCGCACUCUGGGAGUGGGGGAGUUUGGGCACCUUGACUUGGUGCAACUAAAAAGCAACAUCAAGCUAAAUUUUGCAAUGAGGGUCCUCAAGAGGAAGCUGAUUCUCAAUGGCGGCCAGCGAGAACACUUUGUGAGAGAGAGCCGCAUCCUAAUGGAGGCCCAGUGUCCAUUCAUAGUCAGGGUUUAUAAAAUCUUCAGAGACCCUGAACAGCUGUACAUUUUGACAGAAGCUUGUCUUGGUGGGAAUUUAUCUAGUUUAGUCAAAGAAAAGGGAUGCUUGGAUGACUGCACAGCCAGGUUUUACACCGCUUGCGUCGUCGAAGCUUUGAUUUUUCUUCAUCAUCAAGGAGUGGUCUACAGAGACAUCAAGCCUGAACAUGUUGUUCUGGAUGAGCAUGGCUACGCCAAACUGUCAGGCUCCAGGUGUCUGAAGAGGCUUGACGGGGGAAAGAAAACCUGGACGUUCUGUGGUACACUGGGUUACAUGGCACCUGAGAUCAUCCUGAGCAAAGGCCACGGUAUACGCUCAGACCUGUGGUCACUAGGAGUGUUUGUGUUUGAACUUCUCAGUGGUCGACUCCCUUUUGAUGACCCUGACCAGAUUAAGAUUAUCACUGCAACUGUUGAAGGCAUUGAUCACGUUGAAUUCCCAAAAACCAUAUGCCAAGAUGCUAGUGAUCUUAUUAAAAAGCUCUGCAGGAGCAAUCCCUCAGAGAGACUGGGCAGUCAGAGAAAUGGGGUCAAGGACGUUCAGCAGCACAAAUGGUUUGAAGAAUUCGGCUGGGAUGGACUUUGCUCAAGAACUCUGAAACCUCCAGUAAUUCCAGAAGUUCUGUACUCAUGUGAAAGCAUCACAUGUGCUCUUUACAAUACGGACUCAGUGGAGCUGUGCACAAACUGGGAGGACUUUUGAUUGAUUUCUGGGAAAUCGAAACAAAACAUCUUCACUUUCAGAUUGAAUUGUUUCUCCCUCAACCUUAAUAUCAUCAAUAACUCAUUAAAAUGAAGCUGGGUUAAUGAUGUCA